AUGUUAGUUGGCUUAAGAGAGAGUUACGAUUCAGAAAGUUUAGCUGUUAAUGAUGACGCUUACCACCUACAUCAGGAGGAAAAAGAAUUAAGUCGACUUGAGAAAGCAGCGGAUAAAGAAAAGUCCCAAAAAGGAGAAAUCAAGUUAGCUGUUUACGACCUACAAGCAGUGUUGCCAGUACCGAUGGGGCAAACAUCAGCUUUUUAUUACAAGUCACGACUAAAUUGUUUCAAUUUCACAGUAACUGAAAUCGGAAGCGACAAGACCGUGUGCUUCUUUUGGCAUGAAGGACUUGGGCACAGGGGUGUUAACGAGAUAGGAACUGGCGUUUACAAAUAUCUCGACGCGUGUUCAAGUAGCAGCCCUGGGCAAGACGUUGUAUUGUACUCAGACAACUGCGGGGGCCAACAGAAGAACCGGUAA